GACCCAGACUCAGACCCAGACUCAGACCCAGACUCAGACCCAAAACACAACCUGACCCUACCGAAACCCAACAAGAAAGGCGUCCGCAACCACCGCCGCAACCAUGGCCGCCGAACAGCGCAAACUUCUCGAAAAAUUAAUGGGCGACCAAUACCACGGGCCCGGCGGCGGAUCCAAAACCGCCAACCUCACACUCACAUCACCCGGUGUAUGCCGCUCCUACCUGGCCGGAACCUGCCCGCACGAUCUCUUCACCAACACCAAACAAGACCUCGGCCCAUGCCCCAAAGCCCAUCCUGAACUCCUGAAAAUCGAGUACGAAAACCUGAGUGCCGCUGAAAAACAAAAGCAUGGCUUCGACUACGACUAUGUACGCGACAUGCAGAAAUACAUCGACGACUGUAACCGACGAAUCGACCAAGCGCAACGUCGCCUGGAAAAAACACCGGAUGAAAUCCGUCAAACUAAUGAACUUUUACGCACGAUUUCGGAUUUAUCUAAGACGAUCAAUACGGGAUUACUCGAAGUGGCGUGUCUAGGGGAAUCGGGGAGUGUGAGUUUGGCGACGACCGAGUUUUAUAAAGUUCGGACGGCCAAGGUUGCGAAGGAACAGGCGGAGAGGGAUUUGAAGAGUCUGUCGGAUACGAGUGGGCCGUCGGGGCAUCAGAAAUUGCAGGUUUGUGAUGUCUGUGGAGCGUAUUUGUCACGCUUGGAUAAUGAUAGGAGGUUGGCGGAUCAUUUCUACGGCAAGAUGCAUUUGGGUUAUGCGCAGAUGAGGAAGACGUAUGAGGCGCUGCAGAAGGAGUUGAAGGGGAGGCCACCGCCGAUUAGGCAGGGGCCGGAGGAUGGUGGUUCGGGGACUCAAAGGGGAGAGGGGGGAAGGUAUGAUGAUGGUGGAUAUGGUGAUGGUCCUGGAGGUGGUGGUGGGUGGGGUGGAAGAGGAGGAGGGGGUGGAGGAUAUGGUGGGAGAGGGUAUGGGAGAGGUGGUGGUAGUGGAGGAGGCGGGUAUCGUGGUGGACGGGGGAGAGGGAGGUGGUGAUGAUCAUCAUCAUCAUCCAGAUUCCCUAUCCCUCCCCUAUUUCUAUCAUGAUCAAAAUUCGUUGAUACCCAGCCAUUGCAUAGCGAAGGAGUUCAGAAAGGGAUGACUCGAGCCAUAAGAGGCUCAGUUGAUACAGUAAUCGGUUCAUUAUUGUCAUUCCCAUUGCGGAUGGUCUCGAUGGACCAUGAUGCUCGUCAUGUCAUGUACUGAUAUGCAUAUGUAUGUGCUUCUUUUUCCCAUGUCCUUUGUCAAAAACAAAUAACCA